CCCAGUUCUAAGCGGUGUAUGUCCAAAGUUUGUUGUGUUGAAAUUAUAUACUUUUUACUUAUUGUGGAAGCUUUGUCGGUUCAGUAGAAAAAAAGUGGACUUGUAUUCAAAAUUCAUGGAGGUAUUCAAAAGGGCCAUACUACAGCCUGGGCCACCUGAAAAUUUUGCUUUGAAGACAGUCCAAGAAGUAAUAAAUCCUCAGAAACAAACGAAGUUGGCCCAAGAUGAGAAUCAAUUCCUAGAAAAUAUUUUACGUAUGCUGCUUCAGGAGUUUGUGUCCGCAGCAGCAUCUUCUGAGAAAAUAAUGCAAUUUGGGCAAUCCAUGGAUUCUAGUGGAACUACUCAGGGAUUCAUUCCUCGCCUUCUUGAUAUUGUACUAUAUCUGUGUGAGAAAGAACACAUUGAAGGUGGAAUGAUUUUUCAGCUAUUGGAAGACUUGACAGAAAUGUCUACAAUGAAAAACUGCAAAGAUAUUUUUGGCUAUAUAGAGAGUAUACAAGACAUAUUGGGCAAACAUGAACUUUUUGCUCGAGGAAAACUUGUAAUGCUGAGAACCUGCAAUCAACUUCUUCGACGUCUGUCAAAGGCAAAUGACGUGGUCUUUUGUGGAAGGAUUCUCAUGUUUUUAGCUCAUUUCUUUCCAUUAUCAGAGCGAUCAGGUAUAAUUAUGUAAACUAGUUUUGUACAUGGGUCGGUUCUCGUUGGUUACCAAUGUAUCACCUGUUCAGUAAAAAAAUCUUGCAUUGGGUUUGGUCGUAUUUCUUAAUUUUUUUAUUUCACGUUGUCCAACCCAUCCUUGACAAAGUUGGGUCAAUUGGAUCACACUUUGAAAAAAAAAUUGCUAAAAUUUGUAAUUUGAAAACAUGUUUUAGAAUAACUAUUUUAAAAAAUAGACUAU